AUGAGGACCUCGUUUGCCAUCGCCGCUGCCGCUGCUCAGCUCGCUGCUGCCCACACCACCUUCCAGUCCUUUGUUAUCGACGGCAAGGACAUGGGCCAGCACUUUGCUGUCCAAACCCCAUCGAACGGCAACAAUCCCAUCUACGAUGUCACCUCUACUGCUAUGAACUGCAACGGUGGAAAGCCUACCACCGAUUUCGUCGAGGCCAAGGCCGGCUCCGAAGUCACCUUCCAGUGGCACCACAACGAUCCUCAGACCCAGUCUGGUGACCAGGACGAGCCCAUUGCCAAGUCUCACCAGGGACCUGUCAUGGUCUACAUGGCCAAGGCCGACACCAAGGGAGAGGGUGCCGUCUGGACCAAGAUCUUCGAGGAGGGUCUCAACGCCGGCACUUGGGCUGUUCAGAAGUUCAUCGACAACAAGGGACAAAUUACUGUCAAGCUUCCCAACCUUGAGGACGGCGAGUACCUGAUCCGCCCCGAGAUCAUUGCUCUCACACGAGGGCAACCGCGCAAA